UUGGAGUUCGGGCUUCGGCCUCAGGUGCAUCUCUGAGGCGGGGCGACGCGGGAGUCCAGGUGUAGUGGAGGCAUGGACUGUAACUGUGUCAGUGAUCUGUUGCUCACCCCCCCUGUCCCUGCCCUCUGGACUCCAGGCAUUGCCUUCCCAGACUGGGCCUACAAGCCUGAGUCGAGCCCCGGCUCGCGACAGAUUCAGCUUUGGCACUUCAUCCUGGAGCUGCUGCAGAAGGAGGAGUACCAGAGUGUGAUUUCCUGGCAGGGGGAAUAUGGAGAGUUUGUUAUCAAGGACCCUGACGAGGUGGCCAAGCUGUGGGGCCUCAGGAAAUGCAAACCCCACAUGAACUACGAUAAGUUGAGCAGGGCGCUAAGGUACUACUAUAAUAAGCGUAUUUUGCACAAAACCAAAGGGAAGCGUUUCACCUACAAGUUUAACUUCAGUAAGGUGGUGCUGGUGAACUAUCCUCUGCUGGACAUGGCCAGCUCCCCCUUCCUGCUCCAGAACCACUUCAAUGGGGGCUCCGCCGCGCCCGACUGCAGCCCUCUCACACCCGAGGCCCUGCAGUCACUGUUCCCUCGUUUGCCAGAGGCAGGGAGAGGAACCUCCCUGUUUGAUCGAGUGGCCACAGCCCCGGGACCAGAGGGAGACAAACUGAGACUGGACACAUUCCCCUUCCUCAGCUCAGCCGCUCCCUGUUACUCCAAGCCCCCGUCCCUGUUGGGUCCUUACCCCCGCAACCCUCCCUUCGACUACCCCUGGGGCUUCAAUCCCUACCUCUCAGGGGCCUUCUCCCUCAACAACUGCCCCAAACUGCCCCCAGGCUCCCUCUAUCCCUCCCACUUCUACCCCAACCCGCUGCAGACCAGCCUGGGCCAGCUGCCUCACCCCUUCUCUUCCCUACUCCCCCCGGGGGAGGUGGCAGGAGGGGGGGAGAGAGGAGCAGCGGGCCAGACUGGGGUCACUAACGGCACGGCAGGUGGGCAGCCCAGACUCUGCCUGCCUCCUUAUCCUGGUGCUCUGUCGCUGGGCCGAACAGACAUUCUCAACGGGGGCUCUGUGGGUGAGAGGGAGAGAAGGGAGACCAAUACCCCAGGCACGGAGCCUGGGUUGGGGAUAGGGUUAGGGUUAGGGCUGGGUCUGGGAGGAAUGGUUCUUGGUGGUGGUGCUGGGGGGCGACAGAGCCCAUCAGAGCGGCGAAGCAGGGUGAAGCAGGACCCAGAGUCAGACUCGGACCUGGAGAUCACAGAUCUGAGUGACUGCAGCUCAGACAACGAGCCUGACUUCAGCAUCACCAAGGAGAACAGGCUGAGUGGUCGAUCACAGAUCCUGGAUGAGGCUCCUAUAGGCCUGCUUGAGACCCCUGGUGUAGAGCAUCCUUUCUCCACAGGGUGGCGAACCUGGACCUAUAUUACAAUGUAA